GAUGGCAGAACAAGCAAUGGAGAAAAUGGCAUUAAUGAAUCACUAGAGUCGACAAAUAUGGGCGGCUUGCCACCGUCAUCGCUCUUACAACAGAACCAAGAACAACAGCAACAACAGCAACAGCAACAACAACAACAACAACAGCAGCAGCAGCAGCAACCCGAAGCCAUUCAUGAAGCUGCAUCAAUGACUCAUAAUGGCAUGCAGAAUAUUGUAGGCCUGCCUCGAACGACUACUCCUACGUAAGGAAAGAAAAAGAGAAAGAUAUCAGGAACAAGGAAGUCUUGACAAGAUAUAAUGGUUGAUACCAUUGUUAUUCAAGUUAUAUUAACUUUUAUUGUAUUUUUUUGCAAUUGGAUCGUUAGAGCGCCACAGAGCCGGAGACGACACCCACCAACUUCUAUAACGGGGCUGCCGUAUCCUCGUCAGCGAACACAAUCCCUCAAUACUGGAGCGCGCCAGCCAAGAUCACAGCAGUCUUCCUCAGUCAUUCGGCAUGCUAGGAACCAAACUUACUCGGAUACGCUCGGUGGCAUAUCUUCACAUACUGCAAAUGCAGCUACUGUCGGACCAUCUUCUUUAUCCUCUUCAUCCUCUUCUGUACCGUCGUCAUUAUCCAACGUACGAACCCGGCCGGAGGAUACUGCCUCACAUGAGCAAGAUACGUUGACAACGGACUUGAGCUCGCUAACCCCUACUUCAAUACAACCCACACCAUCAUCCUCAUUCUCAACGCUGACUGCUCGUGCGGAUCAGCAAUUGAUUACCAGAUAUCUUCGUCAGCUUCUUCAGGGCUGUGGCAUCAACUCUUGCCAAACGCCAUACUGCGCGUCAAAUGUAAAUUUUUCAUUAAAGGAUCCUAAAGAGGUAGCGAACAAGGCUGCCGAAAUGGCGAGUAAAGGUCCCGGCGAAUUAUGUCCGCGCCUUGAACUGAGUAGCCGAUCAACUUCAUCUUCAUCGUCAUCUUCAUCGAGCGGACCUCAGGGUGAGAUCGUUGCAGAUCCGACAAUUGACUUGGACAUUGUAUCGUUCAAAGCACUCAUUGAUCAAUGUAAGGCUGAGCAAUCUUACGGUCCCCUGCUCGCGCGACUCCAAGUCGUAUUUUCAUCGCUCUCUCGGUUAUCGAUGAGUUUUGCAGAUGCCCCAAAAACCCUUUCUCUUUGCUGCUAUCGGAUGUUCAGCAGGCUUAUUGGUUACUGCGUGAGUGUCCACCAGAGGCUCAGAUACUGAUCGCAUCUGCUGCUGAACGUAUCAUGAGCUCGGUAUCAGCAAGACCUGACCUUGUCACCCCAAGGCUAAUGAAAGGCAUUCUUAUUAUCUUUAUGGUAUGGUCUCGACUCAAUUCUUUUCAUUAUUUAGUGGUCAUGAG